ACGAUGUCAGGUACGCUUCAAGGAGCUUGAGAGGGGGGUCAACGAUCAAAGGGUAUUUUCUUACCAUUGUUUUGACCAUUUUCAUUUAUAAUCCGGGUGCUGAAAGUGAAAUGAUUGUGGAUGGAAGAGAAGGUUGAAGCAAUUUUAGAGAAUUGGGACUGAUUAGUAAAGAGUAAUGUAGCUUGGCAGGAUCGAAGGACGUCAUGUAUACGUACUUCUAAAAGAAUGACGCUAUGGUGUUUAAUAAAUUUGGACCAAUAUCUCUUCAGUGUCUCUGUCGGGUCUGUGCUGGCUGUUGUCAAUAAUUCAGGAAAUACCUUGCUAAUAAGAAGAUGGAUACAGAAGAAUAUGUGGGAGCUUGAGAUAUCAGCAAUUCUUGGGUCAUAUUGUCAUACUUUAUCUCAUCCGAACAUUCGACAAAAGCGAGCUAUGAAUUGGUGACUUCCACCGAUUCAUUUUAUUCUGUGAUUCGAGAUAUAAUUCAUACUGAUUAAUCAGUUUCUAAAAGAAAGACAAACCUACAAAACAUUUGACAGAGUUUCUACAGUAUCAAUUCUUGUAAAAACGGGCUUAGUUCUGUAAAGCAAUGGCCGCUUUUCUUGAUUCCCUCGAAUCAACCCUCCCGCCUUCGAUGGAAAGCAAGCUCAAUGAUGUCGAGGGCAACGUUGAAAGCGACGAUGGCGACGCUGGAUCAGACAUCGAGCAGAACACAGGGUUAUCUGUACCCACAGUCGACCCAUCACAUGCGGUGUCGGACGUCGUCGGCAGCUUCGAAGACCUACUGGACGGGAAUAUGACCACGGAAGACGGGACUGUCAUCCCGAAAGAAGUCAUGAUGAACACCGCCUGCAUCAUCUUCGGCGAUUUCGCGGCGACGUUCGUCGCGUGCGCAUUCAUAACCAACAUCUUCACUUUCGGGAAGGAAUUCUUGCUUUACGACGACGGCGAGAUCGAGAAAACGAACCUGAUCGUCACCGGCGUCGAAGCCGGGUUGUACCUCUUGACGGGGUGCUUCACGGAUUGGUUCGGAGGUUACUCAGAAGCGAUAAAAAUAUACGGACAAAUCUGCUUCAUAGGAGCCUGCAUCUUACCUUUAUUGACGUUCAACUGGUCUGUCAUUGGUCCUUCCUAUGGCAUAUCUGUUCCUAUUCGUCGUAUAUUCUUCUACACGGCCCGCAUUGUCGCAGGAUUGGGCGUGUGCGGCAUUCAGGCGACUUCGCCUCCGUUUGCGGCGCGUCAGAUCGAGAAGUAUGGCACUAACAGUGUCCAAAGUUGCUUUCACCACAUUUACAUAGCGAUACAGUGCGCACCCCUUCUAGCUUUGACUGGCCUUUCCUUUAUUCAACUUACUGUAUCUUUCUUCUGCGGAUACAUGGCUACAGUUGCUUUCAUCGUCCUCAAAAUGAUAUUCUUUAAGUACGUCAAAUCGGAGUUUCGUCAGAGCACACCAGACAAAGGAAAGGCAGCUGGUUCAAUUGUGACGAGUGCAACCGAUGAAAUAAAGGGUAUUCUUUCAUCGUGCUGCACCUACUGCCAUUGCAGUUGUUGCUCUAACCCUACUUCUUCCAAAUUGUCUUACGAUGAGGAAAGUAUGCAACUUCUUUGCGAAGUCUCACCGAUAAAGUCCUUGACCAAUAGCGACGAUGUGACUUUACUGAAGACGACAUCAAACCAGCUUAAGGAAAGUGAUCAGCCAAGGAAAAUGUCAUUGCCGAACAAAACAUCUCCAAGCAUUUCAAGCAGUACGACAACAGGAAACGGAAGCGCUCCUCAACCGACCAAAGCAACAUCAACGUCAUCUACAUCACCAGUCCCGUCGAGAAUUGCGAAGAACAAUUCCCUUUCGACAAGCACUUACGGAAGCAUCGACCUAUCUAGCUCGAAUGAAAGCCUCUAUGAAUCAGUCCGCCAUUGUUUGUGGGUAGGCUACGCAAUGUUACUUCUGUCGUGCCAGGUUCCAUACAGUAUGAUGCGUCAUCAGAUUUCAACGACCUAUGUGAGUCAGGCGAUGCGGAUGAAGCCGUCAAUUCUUGGGAAAAGUAUCAGCCCAUCCCUCCUUCAAGAAUGCCUGCCUCUGGUCGGCAUAGUAAUUACCCCACUAGUUAACGUGUACAUUUAUUCAUUCAUCCAUACAAGAUUCAAGACACUGACAUUGGCGAACAGAAUCGCACUCGGCAUUGUCUUGGCGACGCUGUCCGUUCUCUGUGCUGCCAUCGCUGAGACGGCUCGGAUGUUGUUUAUCGACCGAGGCGAUUCCUUCGUCCAGGAGAUCAACAACCAAACCAUUGUCGCUUCCGAUCUCACACUCGAUGCACUCAUUCCUCAGUACGUCCUAAUGGGCGCAGCCGAUGUGUUCGUAUUCAUCACAAGCCUGGAGUUCGCAUUUCGACAGUCCCCCUGUACUAUGCAGGCGAUAGCCACCGGGAUCUUUCUAUGCUACGAAGCCGUUGGUCGUAUCAUGGCCGUUCUACUUGUCUCUCUUAUCAACAAAAUGACCGCAGGUGACCCUUGGGUUCCAAGUGAUAUCAACAAUGGUCAUUUGAAUUACUAUUUUCUCGUCUUGACCGCCAUCAGCUUGACCAAUCUAAUCACCUACUUGUUAAUGGAGAAAGGUUAUGAAGAAGUUGAUCAGUACCUGUGUCCUGACGAGGAAACUUACGGCGGUGGAGACAGCACCAGCCAAUCGGCAACCCCUGCCACACAGCCAGCUGCUGGUAAACCACCCUCAAAAGGCCUCCCAAAGACACCCGCUAAACAGGUGACAGCGACGACAUCCUCUGUAUAAUUGUUUCCUUUAAACUCAGAAAAUAUUUUUACAAAAAAUCUGUUGUUUCUUUAACGACAUCAUCGGGCACGUCUGAGGGGCCAGAUGUCAUACAUUGUGCAGGUCUUGCUGGAUCAACAACUACUUUCCUUUGCAUGUUCCUUGCGGAGUGGAUUGAAGUCAUCAUUCACCGCUUAUCCGACCUACAACUUUCAUUUCCGUUUUAUUGAGAGAGGAUAUUCUACUUCAUCUUCCGUGGCAUCUUCAUGAAAGUGACAUUCUGACCUGCCUGACUUGGAGCUAAGUUUCCUUUAGCAAGAGUUCGUUAUCUUUAAGCUGCAUUAAGCUACAUGUGUAGAUAAUUGAAGAAAGGUUAUUGGUUUUGAAGGUCACUCAUCCAAGUUGAUAAUUGCAAUAGAUUUAUAUAAUGUAUAAAAAAGUUGAACUAAGCGUUGUAUACAUGUAGAUGCUACAUUAUUGUUAUUAUCAUGACUAUUGUGCCAGUGUUGUAUAAAAUAAUGGAAUUAGAGUUUUAAAGUUUUGAAACAAUGACGGUAAGAGCAGUUUUGAAUUGAAAUCGAUUGGAAAUAAACUGUAUCUACCAACUGCC